AUGACUAAAGCUUUGAUUGCCAUCACCUCCCACUACGCUCCAUUCUACGAUGACGGAGCCAAGACUGGUCUUUUCUUCGUCGAGGCCCUUCACCCAUGGAAUGAAUUGACCAAGGCUGGUAUUGAGGUGACUUACGUUUCUGAGACUGGUACUUUUGGUUGGGAUGACCACUCAAUUGGCACCGACUUCUUGCAGGGCGACGACAGAAAGGUCUUUGAGGACAAGAACUCUCCCUUCAUGAAGUCCAUUGAGGUUGUCAAGAAGGCAUCUGAGAUUAACUCUGCUGACUAUGACCUCAUCUUUGUUGCUGGUGGCCACGGUACCGCUUUCGACUUCCCACAUGCCAAGGAUCUCCAAGCCAUUGUCAGUGACCUCUGGUACGCUGGCAAGGUCGUGUCUACUGUCUGCCACGGAUUGUGUAUUUUCGAGAACCUCAAGGGCAAGGAUGGCGACUACUUGAUCAAGGGCAAGAAUGUGACUGGUUUCACUAACAUUGGUGAGGAGCAGAUUGGUAUUGUUCAUCUCUUGACGAAGUACAACAUCAAGACCCCUCAGAACAUUGCUGCUGAGUGCGGUGCCACAUACGUCUCCCCACCUGGCCCAUGGGAUGCUUUCACUGUCACUGACGGCAAGUUGGUCACUGGUGUCAACCCACAGUCCUCCGUUGAGACUGCUGAAAAGGCCAUUGCCUUGCUCUAG